ACAAAUAUGUUCACAUAAUGGAGUUAAUGCUAUUGAUAACUUAAGAGGGGCGACUUAUCAAUAAUCUUCACAAUCAUCUAUCGGGGCUGUGAGGAAAAGCACCUCAUCACGGGGACUGCCAACCUCAAUUGGACUUUUUAUAUCUCUCACCAGAACCUUUAAAGCUCCCACCGCAUCAUGAUUACUUGAUGACUCUUCAUAGGGGGGAAUAUUAGUUCUGCCACUUCCUCUAUAGUAUUUUAUUCGAUUCUUCUUUGCACUCACUUCACACAUAUAUAUCCGCCCUGGAGGUUGGCCGUGAGUCUUACCAGUCCUCGAACACUCAAUUGAUAUUGAUAUUGAUACCUAACAGUACUUUUUCAUAUUUCUUUCUCAAGAUACCCUUACGUCCUAUCUACUUUCAUUCGUUUACGACAGAAUAUCUUAAGAUAAACGGUUCACAAAGCAUCGCAUCAACGCGAGUCGAAUUACAAGAUGGGACUCGAGAAGCUCUUCGCUGUCGCAGCGCCUAAGAAAGCAUCGUCCAAGCCACCGUCCAAUGGAACAUCCGUAGCGCCAAUGUAUCUUGAGCAAAUAUUCCGAUUCCCUGGAGUUCUAACAGAAGUUUCAUGCGUUGUCAAGAAUCUAUCAGAAGGCUAUACAACAUAUCAAAAUGGGGCGGCACUUAGAAAUCAACUCGAAUCCGUUGUGCCGGAGGUGCAAACGUUUGCGUCGGGGAUGAACCGAUAUUUGAAGAAUAAAAACUGGUUGGACUUAUUUCAAACAUUCUUGGUGGGAGCAAAUGUUGUUGCUGCUUUCAUGGAAGUACUACAGGGUUCAUCUGGUCUCGAAGAAAUUGGAUUGAAGAUUUACGGCGAGCUUGAAGCGCAGACGGGUCUUGCUGCCCCAGAUAAGUUUGCGAAGCAUGUCGACAAAUACAUCCGAAAAGAGGCCUCGAGUGUCUAUGGAGGCGAUGCUGAGCAUCUCUAUUUCCUCUAUCACCCGGAUACUGAUUGGCACGGCGAGUUCCACGAUAUCGUUCAGAACAAACCUGUGCCGAGCAAUUUUGUUGGCAUGUCUGAAAACCUUCACGCUCUGUGCACCUGGAUGUUAUUUAUGCGGAAGCGACUCGACAGAUCACGAAUCAAUGCGCAUUUUCAUCUUCUGAUUCCUGCAUACAGACCCAUGGUCGUCAGAACGGCUUUCGUCUUCCCUGAAGAAUUGUACCCUUUGACAGUCCGCGGACACAUUCACAAUUCGAAAGAAUAUGUCUGGCUAAAUCUUCCUACAAUGAAAGAUGUUCCUGCUGACUUGUUCGAAAUGUCAAACGUGGGAAAUAUUGCAACUUUGCCCAAGCCACCUGCAUUAUGGCAGCAUGCUCUGACUUGGGUUGGAAGUAUGAUAAUGCCGAGAAAAGAGCCACCUCCGAUAAUUCUUGGAAGGGGAAACGUAAAUCCAAAUGCUCCUAUCUCGUUAGAGGACAAUGAAGACGAAAAGGUCGCAGCUCCUGAGGAUAUCAUCAUUCAACCUGAAACGCGACAGGUGAUAAGAGGGGAGAAGAGGCGAAAGCAUCGAAGUUCACGACCGAGGAGUGAUCUCAAAUAGCAUCCGGAUUUUAUGGCUACGUGAGGCACUGGAAUACGUUGCCCAUAUUCCAAUUGCAUUUUAAAUUAUGUUUGGGGCAUUGAAAUGAUUUUCAUGGGAGGAAAUUUGAUAUUUGUGGAGAUACUGAUGGGAAGAGAAAGGAUGGGCAAGAGUGAUCAAUAGGAUACCAAUAUAACGGAAUGGAUUAGGAUGGGAGGGCAUUUGUUGAUUUUUGCUUGGAUAGCUGCUGCAUGGUGGAAUUGGCGCUGAUUUGGAGUAUUAGACGAAUGAAAUAAAUAGAUUCAUG